UACAAAGCUAAAAUCUUUCCCUUUCAGAAAUUCCUUCCUUUUCGUACGUUUCUCUUUCUAGUGAUGAAGCAGAACUGCAAUUGAAGAGAAACAAAACUGAGAUUUGACCCCAUUUCUCCUUCAUUUCCAAACUCUCUUCUAAAUUUUCUUUACACCCUUUUACUCCACAAAAAGGGUCUUUCACCUCUUAAUAAUCUCUCUAAAAGGUAGCUCAAUUUUGUGUUUAAUGGGUGUAGAGGUUGUUGAUUCAGACCUGACACAAUUGUCUAUUGACAAAGUGACUGAAGUAGACAAAUCAUUUCUUCAUGAAAAUGGGAAACUGGAUAAGGAUCCAGUUUAUAAUAACCCCAUUGAUGUUGAUUCACAUAGUGAGGAACCUGAUAAGGAAGAAGAGAAUGGUGCAUCCGAUCCCGACUUUCCGAAGGAUGCGGUCGUCGAGUGGCCUGCACCUAAGCAGAUCCACUCUUUUCAUUUUAUUAGGUAUCGCUUCUACGAAGAUCCGGCUAUAAAAGCCAAACUUGAUCAGGCUGAUAAAGAGAUACAAAAGUGGAAUAAAGCCAGGUUUAAGCUUACCGAUGAAUUAAAAGCAAAAAGGGCAGAGCGAUCAGAGAUGCUUUCGCAAGUGAGAGCGCUGAAUGUUGAUUUUGAGCAAUUUAAGACAAUUUUAGAUGAGAAAAAAAAGGAAAUAGAACCACUGCAGCAGGCUUUAGGCAAGCUUCGCAAUAAUAAAGAUGUUGAUAAUCGACUUAGUUUAUGUGCAUCUGAGGAAGAGCUCGAUUUUAUUAUCCAUAGCUUGCAAUACCGCAUUCAGCAUGAAAGCAUCUCGUUGAGUGAGGAGAAGCGAAUCCUUAAAGAAAUCAAACACCUGGAGGGAACCCGCGAGAAAGUUAUUGCUAAUGCUGCAAUGAGAUCAAAGAUUCAAGAUUCAUUAGGCCAGAAAGAAGACAUUCAAGAUCAAGUUAAACUUAUGGGUGUCGAUUUGAAUGGAGUAAGGAAGGAGCAGCAUGCAGUCUGGUCCAAAAAAAAGCAAAUUAAAGAUAAAUUGGAUGAAACUGAGACUAAAAUCGAGUCUUUACAAAAUGAGCUGAAAGCUGUGACCCUGAAGAGGGACAAAGCUUUUGACAACAUUCAGGAGCUGAGGAAACAAAGUGAUCAGGGGAAUUCUCACUUUUACCAGAGCCGUACCAUUGUACACAAUGCCAAACUGCUUGCUGCACAGAAAGAUAUAAAGGCUCUUGAGGAGUUAUCAAUUGUGGAGGUUGAGAAGUUUAUGGCUCUCUGGAAUGGCAAUAAAGCCUUCAGGGAUGAUUAUGAGAAAAGAAUUCUGUCAUCCCUGGACAGUCGGCUAUUGAGUCGGGAUGGUCGGAUAAGGAAUCCUGAUGAGAAACCACUGGUUGCACCCGAGAAACCAGUGGAUUCUGAAACCGAAACAAUUCUGAGACCUAGUGUAAGAAAACCAAAGGAAGAGGCCAAAUCAGGUCCCCAAACAGAUACUAAACCAGCCAAAAAGGCCCCAAAAGAUGCCGAGACUAUAGCAAUGGAGUCGAAUCCUUUGUCAGAUAUUAGUGUUGUAGCAGAGGAAAUUUUGGUAUCCGGAAAAUUGCAAAAGAACAAGGAAGUCGAUGCAGCAAAACUGAAAGAAUUGAAGAGAGAAGAGGAAAUAGCGAAAGCAAAGCAAGCCAUGGAAAGAAAAAAGAAGUUGGCUGAAAAAGCAGCAGCCAAAGCAGCUAGAAGAGCUCAAAUGGAAGCUGAAAAGAAGCUCAAGGAGCGUGAAAAGAGAGCUAAGAAGAAGGUGGCAGGAUCGACAAAUGCUGUGAAUCCCGAGGAACUGAUUGAAGCUGUGGCACAAGAUUCAGAACCCGAGAAGGUCGAUGUUAAUACUGAUGCACCUGUUCCUGCUACCGUUUCAAUGAAGGGUAAAGUACCAAAGGAGAAUACUAGUAGGUACAGGAAUCGAACCAAAAGAACCGAGUCCCUCCCAAAGGCCAUCCUGAAACGUAAGAAGUCGAUGAACUAUUGGAUAUGGGCAGCUCCUGCUGUGGUGGUCGUGCUGGUUCUUUUAGCAUUAUGUUACUAUUAUCUUGCCUGAAGAUGUUUUAACUUGAAUGGAACUAGAGUUAUAGGGCAAUCUUUAUUUUAUUUAGUUGAACAAACAUUCUAUAGUGGCAAAAGUUAGUUAAUUUUGUUCUUUGCAUCCUCAUGAAGGAUGGACCAGAAACUCAUAAUGUUACCGGUAGUUCAAUCUGAAUGGUUUAUCUCAUAAGCCGGAUUUGGCUCAGGCUCAGACAA